CAAAUGAGAAUAUAUGAGCCAGCUGAUGUAGAGCGCUCACUAAACCUGGAGAACCGCAGGAGUGACGGCUGGAGAACUGAAGAAGAACAAUGAGUAACAUGGCAAGAGAGAUCCUGGCGUUUAUCCUCACCACCUCGGGGUGGGUGCUGGUGUCCUCCACCUUACCUACAGACUACUGGAAGGUGUCUUCAAUCGACGGCACGGUGAUCACCACAGCCACCUUCUGGUCCAACCUGUGGAAGACCUGUGUGACCGAUUCUACUGGAGUCUCCAACUGCAAAGACUUCCCUUCAAUGCUGGCGCUGGACGGUUAUAUCCAGGUGUGUCGUGGACUGAUGAUCGCUGCAGUCUGUCUGGGUUUCUUUGCUUCGAUCUUUGCUCUGAUUGGCAUGAAGUGCACUAAGAUCGGUGGUCCUGACCAAACCAAAGCCAGAAUUGUCUGCUUGUCUGGGAUCACCUUCAUGUGUACUGGUCUGUGUUCUCUCAGCGCCUGCUCUCUGUACGCGCACAGGAUCACGUCCGAGUUUUUUGACCCCAUGUUUGUUGCGCAAAAGUAUGAACUGGGUGCUGCCUUGUUCAUCGGCUGGGCCGGCUCGACUCUGUGCAUCCUCGGAGGGGCGCUCUUCUGCCUGUCACUGUCUGAUGGCAUGAGCAACAACAGUUCUCCGUAUCCAUCGGACAGAAGAGCUUUCGUCAACAGUGGAGCGUCUUUAAUGUCUCGUGCGAUGCCACAGAGUCAGUCGUCUCACACCAGGAGACCUCCGCCAGAAUACAGCGGCCCUUCCAAACACUUCGACAAAAACGCCUACGUAUAACACCCCCGGCUGACUCCGGCCAUCCUCGCCUCGCCUCGCCUCAUCCUCGCCUCAUCCACGCCUCAUCCUCGCCUCAUCCUCGCCUCAUCCUCGCCUCAUCCUCGCCCCCCGCUGAUGGCUAAUAUCUCACUGGUAUCUUUUGUUAGCUUAUUCAGUGCCUUUGGAUGGCCAGCUCAGAUGACCUGUACAGAUGCUGUAAUUGAAGUUUUGGUCAGGAUUAUAAUUUGCAGUUUUGAAGACUGUGUUUUCAGCUCCACGUGUAUGUUUACGCAGCGCUGCAUGUGAUUGUGUCAUCUGUUGGUAGCUGUGCUGUACUCCAGCAGUUUUGGGUGACUCAUGCUGGUUGAUCAUGAUUUUGAGCCAGAUUGAGUUAUGUUUCUGGAAACUGUCAAAUGAAAUGACACUUUUCAAUACAGAUACAGAUUCGA